GGUUGCCAGUAUGGGCAAUCAUCCCGGGUCGAGACAGCUAGUGAGCAAUGCGUCUGUUCUGGGACAAAUCCUUCCUCGUAUCCGUGGCAUCAGUGGAGGAAGACAUGCGAUUUGGAGAGAGAAACAUACCAUAUUUCAGGAGGCAGGCUGGGAUGGUCUGGCCAAUGUUAGCAUCAUACCUCGUCUCAGAACUCAGAUUUGGCUGAGUGAUGCAGCCGCGAUAAAGGAGGUUACCAUGUCUCGUGCCCGGUUCCCCAAGCCAGUUCACCAAUAUAGGGUCCUGCUGUUAUUCGGCGGAAAUAUUGUAGCCUCCGAGGGCGACGAAUGGAAACGGUAUCGCAAAGUCGCAGCACCAGCGUUUUCGGAGAAGAACAACAAGCUCGUCUGGGACGAGACGGUGAAGAUUAUGGUCGAUAUGUUCCACACAUUAUGGAAUGAUGCGCCCGAGGUCACUGUGGACCAUUGUAUUGAGAUAACACUCCCAAUCGCAUUGUUCGUGAUCGGGGUUGCAGGGUUUGGUCGCAAGGUCUCGUGGAAAGACGAUACGGUCGUACCACCUGGUUAUACCAUGUCUUUCAAAGAGGCCCUUCACGUUGUCUCUACCGGCACAAUCGUCAAAGCAAUCGUCCCCAACUGGGCCAUGGGCCUCACUAAACACUUUAGACACGUUCGGGAUGCCUUCAAGGAACUGGAUAACUAUAUGUUCGACAUGAUUAGGGCGAGGAGGGAGUCUGAAAAGAAGGAAGAGAGAUAUGAUUUGUUCAGUCAACUCUUGGACGCGAGUCAGGUGGAGACUGAGGACGGGAUGCCACAGAUUACUGACAGGGAGCUUGUUGGCAAUAUCUUCAUCUUCCUCCUUGCCGGCCACGAGACGACAGCCCAUACUCUCUGUUUCACGUUCGCCAUGCUCGCUCUGUACCCUGAGGAGCAAGACAAACUGUAUAAAGAGAUCAAGAGCCUUAUGCCCGAUCCUACCAGACUUCCCACCUACGACGAGAUGAACUCAUUCCAAUAUUCCAUGGCUGUCUUUUACGAGACGCUCCGGAUGUUCCCUCCCGUCAAUGGUAUCCCCAAACAAUCCGCGGAAGACACCAGUAUAGUCGUCGGUAAUGGCUCCGGCGAUUCGGUAGCAAUCCCAUGUCCGAAAGGGACGUAUAUCACGAUAGACACACCUGGUUUGCACUAUAAUCCACGAUAUUGGAGCGAUCCGCACAGUUUCAAGCCGGAGAGGUUCUUGGGCGAUUGGCCGAGGGAUGCUUUUGUUCCGUUCAGUGCUGGACCCCGCGCUUGUAUCGGGCGCAGAUUCUUCGAGACGGAAGGCAUCGCCAUUUUGAUCAUGCUCAUCUCACGAUACAAAGUCACCGUCAAAGAAGAGCCUCAAUUUGCGAACGAGACUUUUGAGGAGAGGAAAGCUAGAGUGUUGGCUGCGAAACCUGUGUUGACGUUGAGUCCCACCCGUGUCCCAUUGACAUUUACGAAGAGGGAGUGA